AAGAAGAGGUUGCGUUAGUUGAGCAAUAGUCUGGUUUACAAGGUGAAACAAAUUGUCCUGUAUCGCAUAAACGACUAUGAAGGUAGUACUAGCAUUUGGACUGCUUUUGGGAACAGCUUUGUGCUGUACUGAAGAUCAGUAUGAAUGUUUAGACGGACAAUGUAUUGACUCGAGUUAUCAGUGUGAUAGCUCGGUUGAUUGCAGUAGAGGAGAAGACGACAUGGGAUGUUCUGGUUGUGAAAGUAAUCAGUUUUCCUGCGCUAAUGACAAUUUCUGUAUUUUAUGGGAUUGGGUAUGCGAUGGUAUGGAUGAUUGUGGUGAUGGCUCGGACGAACGUGAGUGCUACAAUCUUUGUUGGAAUAUCUUUAACCAGGGCAGCAGACGCAAUAUUACAAGAUCUUUUGCUGACAAAGUAGUAUCGAGGGGUCUCAACAAAGGAGGCAAAGUUAAAGCUACUGGAACAAAUUUGUACAGAAAGAAAAACGAAGCAGACAAAAAAGCUUAUAAACUUAAAAAGCUCAGGUUGCGCUGGAGGGAAAUAACUGGAAAAUAAAAAUGGAAAACAAUUG